AUGGCCAUGCGCUCCUCCAGCACGCCGUUCGACUCGAGUGCUGCCAUCCCCGACGACAUGGAGCCCUUCCCCGCCGCCCCGGAACCCGACGAGGGCUACAGCGAGCACCCGUUGUCUGCUGACAACGCUCUCGCCCAAGCAGGCAACUCUCGCGACCCUGCCGAGUUCCUCGCCUGGAUGUCGCCGCGACUGUCCAACCUGUCGGUGCAGCACAAGACCCAGCUGGCCAUGGCCAUCCUCAGCGAACUGCCUACCACGGUCAUUGCAGAGAUCGUGCUCAAGCAGCUAAACCCCCGACUAUACAUCGACUUCGUCGACUACCUGCCGCCCGAGAUCUGCCUUAAGAUAUUCGGUUAUCUCGACCCGGUAUCUCUUAUAAACGUUGCUAGGUGUUGUCGGGGCUGGUAUAAUCUGUCCCUCGACCGCAAGCUGUGGGAGAAGCUGUUCUAUCUCGAAGGUUGGCGUGCCUUGCCCCAGGAGAUCGCGGCUGCCGAGCAACGGAUCAAUGCCAGCCUGUCAGUGUCCGAGACGAGACACCCUCACCGAUUACGGUCAUCCGAGUACGGCCAUGUCCACAAGAAGAGAGCCAUCUCCGAUCCAACACCGCAUGAUGCCGACCAGGAUGCCAUGGAGAUCGAUCGGGACGACGACACCGAGAUGUCGGGCACGAGCUUGUUUGGCGGCGUCAAGAACAACCGAGCUCCCGCAGGCAGCGGGUCGUCGUCCAGGAGUACAGCCAGCGUCGUGCAACAUCUCGGGCAUCUCGUCAUGGACUCACCGAGCCCAAUGCCUGACGUGGCGGCGGCCGCAAGUGACCCGAAGGGUAAAGGCAAAGCGAAGGUCGGUUCCUACGAUGGCCAAGUCCCUUCUCUAGUGUUACCCAGCCUCCCAAAAUCCUCACUCUGGACAUAUGACGCCAAAAACAAUCGAUACAAGAUCAACUGGCAGUAUCUUUACACCAUGCGGCGACGCUUGGAGUAUAACUGGGAAGCAGGCAGAUAUACCAACUUCCAGCUACCCCACCCGGACUAUCCUCAAGAAGGCCACAAAGAGUGUGUCUACUCUCUCCAAUUCAACCCAGAAUAUGUGGUCAGCGGGAGUCGCGACAGGUCGAUCCGGAUAUGGAAUUUGCAGACUCGUCGCCUUGCCCGCAAGCCGCUCUGGGGACACACCGGAUCAGUUCUCUGCCUGCAGUUUGAUGCGGACCCGGAAGAGGAUGUCAUUGUGUCGGGUAGUAGCGACUCCGAUGUCAUUGUCUGGAAGUUCUCGACCGGAGAGAAGAUCCAAGUUCUUAAGAAGGCGCACACCGAAUCUGUCCUGAACGUGAAGUUCGACAAGCGGAUCCUCGUUACUUGCUCCAAGGACAGAAGCAUCAAGAUCUUCAAUCGUAAACCACUGCGCGCCGGGGAUGUGGGAUAUGGCCCAGCUAACUUCGUCGGCUCGGUGCCCAUCAACAUACAGAACUACGGUUACGAUGAACCUCCCUGGAACCAGCUUCCGAUCAAGCCACCCUAUACCCAGAUCGGUGCGCUUGAAGGCCAUGGCGCUGCUGUAAACGCGGUCCAGAUUCAUGGCGAUGAGAUUGUAUCUGCAAGCGGCGAUCGACACAUCAAAGUCUGGGACUGGCCCCAACAGGUUUGCCGAAGGACAUUUGUAGGACAUCAUAAAGGCAUUGCCUGUGUGCAGUACGAUGGGCGGCGAAUCAUCAGUGGAAGCAGCGACAACGAAGUCAAGGUCUUUGACCGGGAGACGGGUCUCGAGGUGGCAACGCUACGUGGGCAUGGUAGUCUUGUGCGCACUGUCCAAGCUGGUUUCGGCGAUCUUCCCGACAGCGUCGAGGAGGAUCGCCUGACCGCCAGCAGCAUUGACAACGAAUUCUUUGCCGCCAUCAAGUCUGGCGCUUUAGGAACUUCCCAUAUGACAAGAGGCAAGGCACCUAACGCAGGCGGCCGAAGACCUGAAGACAUCACAGCCUACGGUGCCAAGCUCCCCCCUGGUGGCGGCGGUGGACGAUAUGGCCGCAUCGUUUCGGGAUCGUACGACCAAACCAUCAUGAUUUGGCGUCGCAACAAAGCUGGCAAGUGGAAGAAUGCCCAUACUCUGCACCAAGCAGAAGCUGCUGCGGCCGCGGCGAGGCAGUCUGGGAGUUCAAGCCACCCUGCAGGCCUCGCGAGGGUACCGUCACCUUCUUCUAUAACACCGGCUGGCAACGGCACACUGCCUUCUCUACACCACAAUGCUCGCCCUAUUGCCAGACACCCGCCGCCGCCUACUCCGCCUGCAAGCGCUCCUCCCGCGAUGCAGAAUUCUGGCAGCUCGGCCAAUAUUGCUCAUGUCGAGUAUCCAAUCCAUGCCACUGUUACUCCCCAGACAACGUUGUCCUACACGAGGAUGAUUGACAACGGUGUUUCUCAGGGGCCGGCGGCACUAUCUAGUGCGUUGAACAGCUUCCCGACCAUGCUGGCAUAUCACUCCCACAUCCAGUCGUGCAUAGACCAGGAGCCGAAUGCUAUGACACGAUCACAACUGCGUCAGGUUGUGGCAGCCGCGCUCCAAAGAGCGCAACUGGCGCAGCAUCGCAUUCGGGAGUCUACCCAAUUAGCGUUGUCCGAGCAGCCAGUAUUGGCGGGCAGUUCGAGCUCGGCACAAGUACCACCAUCUCAGACAAGCAUGAGCUAUCAGCCUCUCUCCAGAGAGGUCUCUGGGUCGAGUUCUACGUCGGCCACUCGAGGCAGUAGUCAUCGUGCCAGUAGCCAAGGGUCAAGCCGGACUCAGAUUCCCGUCUCUGACGAUAAAGUAACCACGCCCACGGUUGCCACCGUGUUGGCCCAACCUGUUGCCGUUUCUACCGCUACGGCUGCACAAGUCUCGUCUGGCCCUCCGGUCGUUGCCAGCAGUUCCUCGCAGCAUGCACAGGCAAUUCAACAAGCAGUGCAGGCACAAAGCGGUCAAGCUCAGUCGCAACCACAAGCACCUCCUGCGCCCGCGACUGCGACAAUAGCACCCGUACCCGUCCACCACCCGCACAUAGCACAACCUGACGCUCAGGCCCCGCGAGUCUUUAAACUACAGUUCGAUGCUCACAAGAUCAUCUGCUGCAGCCAGACAUCGAUAAUUGUCGUGUGGGACUUUUGCAACGGCGACCCCGAACUCGAGGAGGCUGCACGAUUCUUUGCACCGAUAGAGUAG